AUGGGCUCCUCGUCGUCAAAAGCCGCACAAGGCGCAGCGCGAAAGUUCCCAACCCGUGCGCCAGGCGCCGUGCCGCCCGCCUCCGCCGCGAGGGCAGCUCCGGCCCCUCCUCCAUCACAGCCGGCACAAGCCCGGCUGCAGGCAAAGGCCGCGACAUCCAAGACGGACGAUAUCACUGCCGACUCCAUCAACCCGGACAACGUAACGGCUGAGUUCUCCUCUCGUCUUCGGCAAAUGGGCGUUGUCCAACCGAACCCUACCUUUUCCCCUACUUCAACAGCCGGCCCAAGCCCUCACGCCGAUUUGAUACAGAACCCGGGCCCUCUGUUCCCCUCGACAUCUCGGAAUAUGACGCUGGGCACGUUGGAAGCGAGGAGUCGCUUCCAAAAGCAGGCCGACGCUGAAUUUGACAGCCUAGGCCGGAUCAGCAGUGAGGGAAGAGAGUUCUUGGAUCUCAAGACGAUCGUGCAGAUGCACCUGAUGCGGGACAAUGGACAUUCGUCGGCAGAGAUCGAGGCCAGGCUGAACUUAAAGAAGGGCGUCGUGGCCAGGUUGGGAAGGCCUGGCAUCACUUCACCAGCCUGA